AUGCAACAUGUAUUCACAAGAGUGAGAAGGAGAGAUGAAAGGCAUGAAAUAAAUCAAGAUGUAAAACAACAUGCUGAUAGUAACGUACUGAAAGAAGCUUGCACCAAGGCUAAUGAAGAAAGACAAAGGAUAGAAAAAUUAUCACUAACAAAAGAUUAUUUAAUAAUAAUUAAUCAAAUAUCAAGGCAGAAACUUAGGCAUAGAAAAGCCUUUUGUGCUGAAUGCGAUGAAAAAUGUCAUGACGUAGAAUUCAAUUUAACUUAUUUUAAUCUUACAUUUCAAUCGACAUUCAUUCAAUUUUUUCAGAUUAAAUGUCGGAAAUGA